AAUGUUUACCAUACUCUUUUACCAAGCAGCACCUCCGGGCCACCAGAUGGCGGUGGCGGGUAUGAUCUUUGGCGUGACGUCACCUACGCGGCAAAAAACAAAAAUGACAGAAGCGCGGCGUUUCCUGAAAGUAUUGCUUUAGAUUUUGUUUUAGUGACUAAAAUUGUUGUUUCCAAAAAACAACCCACGAGGUUUUUCCUCAGCGACAGUUGGUGAUUCGCAUAUUAAAGGUUUGUUGAAUUAGGAUUUGCGGGAAAUUUUGGAAGUGAUGGAUUCUGCAGAGACGAGAUAUGCCCACCUACUGCAACCCCUGCGAGAUCUAACCAAAAACUGGGACAUUGACCUGGCCAGCCAGCUCGGAGAGUAUUUGGAAGAACUGGAUCAGAUGACCAUUUCAUUUGAUGGUGGAAAAACCAUGAUGAACUUUGCAGAGGCUGCACUUUUAAUUCAAGGAUCAACAUGCAUCUAUGGCAGAAAGGUGGAGCUCCUUCACACCCUGGUGUUUCAAACAUUGGACUACAUCUCUAACAAAAACAAAAAACGCGACAAACAAGGUUCUUCAGAAGAUGGUAGCCAAGACAAAGCAGCUGCAGGCAACGAAGAAGAUGAUUGUGAGUUUGAUGAGAUCGAGCAGAACGAGAAUGUCAGCUCUGUGAAUUUAACAAUGAAAGAUAUAACAGAGCCAGUAAAGAUCAUUCGUCUUCCUCCUGAAUCUCUUAUUCCUGUAGAAUCACACGAGAAGCAAAAAUACCCUCUUCUCAGUCUUAAAGGUGAGCUCCUGGGCAGCUGUAAGGAUUAUCGGAUGAAUAAUUUCUCUAUGGAUGAAAUGGGACUGAUGCGUCUGGGCUCUUCACACGCUCAUUUCCUCAAGGACGUCUCAGAAAACCAGCACAAUGCGUCUGUACAUGCACCUGUGCAUUUAGAGACAGAAGGUGAAGCUGAGGUUGCUGUUGGUCAUGAUGAUGGUGAUGAUGGUGGUGACGCAGAAGUUCUCCCUCCAUUAGAAGACCACGGGAUGGAGGUGGAGUCUGAGGAGUGGGUUGAAAGGCAUCAGGCCCCCAGUGAGGGGAGGAUGUUAAGACCAAGACCUGCAAUACAGCCGGUGUCAGAGGAGCCCAAAAAGCUUAAGGAAUUUGCCGAUCCUUGGAAAUGGCAUGACUCAUAUGCUGCAUUUGGGGAGGACAAGCCUCUGAAAACAGGAAAAUGUUACAAAGUGCCAGCUGGUCUUGAAGAAUCAGGAAAGAGGAAGCGAAAGGGUCCUUCAAAACUGCAAGACUUUGGGAGCUGGUUCUCUAAAGCCUUUGAGACUGCAGAUCGCAAGCUAAAAAAUGGACCCACUUAUCCUGAUCUUAAUUACAUCUUCGUGAGUAAAAUGGGCCAGCGUCUGAAAGUACAGAAGCAGUUUCUCAGGAAAAGGGGUAUGUUUGUAUCUGAUGAGGAGCUAAAGAAAACUUACUUGGAACCAGCGAAUGUUGAAGACCAGAUUGAGGAGAUCCGGCAUCCAGACGCAGAAGGUGAGGACUUUUCAGAUAACGAACAUGACAACUUGGAUGAGCUCGGACUGGCAGAACCCCUUGGUGAACCGGAGCAGAUUUUCCAAGACUUGCAUAUGAGCCGGAUGAGUUAUGAAGAUCUGGUGAAGAAGAGUGUGGAUCUGUUUCUGGUGAACUCUCAGAAGUACGCACAGGAAACUGCGCUGUCACGAAGGGUUAAAGAGUGGGAGGAUGGAAUUAAUCCUCAUCUUGCUGCUCAGGAGAUAUCUCCAGCGUUUGACAUCCACGAGUAUGGAGACAGAAUUGUUCAGGCGCUCUCUAACGUGGGGGUAAAGAAAUCAUUUGCCUUUGUCGUCAAAGGAAAGGAAAACACAGAAGCAUGCAGAUACAUGCUGGCUGCACUACAGCUGGCUAAUGAUUAUACAGUGCAGAUUGACCAGAGGGGGGUGCUCGAGGAUAGCGUAGAUACAAUGGAGCUCACGUUGCUGACUACACAGAGGGCUCACGAGCGUCUCAAAACCUAUAAUGCGCCAUCUGCCACAGAUACUCCCUGACAUUAUUUUGUCUUUUGCUCAUCUUUCACCUGUGGCCUCUAAUACUGAACCUAUUUCUCGUAAACAAUAUAAAAACAGACUUUCUACAACUUCGUUGUCAGAAUCAUAUCAUUCAAAAUGCAUUAUGAUAUACAGCACUGCAUUUCGAUUUGUAUUUUAACUUUAAGCAUGCUUUUAUAAAGUGCCAAGAUGCAAAAAUAACAUGCAGGUGUUUUAACACCAAUUGUAAUGCAAGUAAGACCAGCACUGCCCUUUAAGUGCCUUUUACUUGGGGUUUGCAUAACGAGAAUUAUGUAUAUAUAUUUGUAAACACUUUUUCAUCUCUAAGCUGUAUGUCUCAUAAAAUAAAGCAUUGGUAAACAGCA